AUGCCGAAGAAGACCAAGGUUGCAAGCAAGCGAAAGGCGCGUGCGGCUGCUGCUGGGCCUGUGGCGGGCAGUGGUGCCGGCGAAGAUGGCGCAGGUAGAGGAGCCGGUACGGGCAGCGGAGGCGGUGGCGGGGCGAGCAGCAGCUGCAGCAGCAGCAAGAAGAAGAAGAAGAAGAAGAAGCGGAAGACGGCCGGGACACCCAUUACCGGUGGCGGAGUGCGGUCGCGGAGGCAAGCGCGGGCAUUGACCUCUGCCUUUCAUGAGCUGAGCCAUGAGCUGGAGGCUCUGCGUGCCCGGGCGGGGCGUGGCGAGGGCGAGGCUGUGGCUGGGCGGAUGGCUGAGGUGGAGGCCAAGCUGGCGGCCAUGGGCGGGCGGAAGGCGUACCAGGAUGCAUCGAUCCUCUCAACCUCCAUCUACUCGACCUCCAAAUGGGUCUUUCAGAUUGUCACCCGUAUGGGUCGCCGUCCGAGCUCGGGCGAGCCACCGUUGCGGGUUCUCGAGGUCGGGGCCAUCAACACCAAGCUGUUGGUCACGCCCUGGCUCGACGUCCUCGCCAUCGAUCUCCUCGCCCGGGCUCCGGGUAUCACCCAGAUGGACUUUUUUGACGUGCGGCCUGAGCCCAUCUACGAUGUCGUGGUCUGUGCUAUGGUCCUCAACUGUCUGCCCACGCCCCGCGCUCGCGGCCUCAUGCUCGUCAACCUGGCUGCCCUCCUCAAGCCGCGCGGUCUGCUGUUCAUCAUGCUCCCGCGGCUCUGCUUCCGCACUGCAUACAUGGAUCAGUCGACGUUUGAAGCCAUCUUGUCCAAGCUCGGCUUUGUCAUUCGCCACAACAAGUUCUCGCCCAAGCUUGCCCACUACGCGCUCACCUUUCGCAACCCUGCGGCUGCCGACGCCGCCAGCGCCGAGAACCGCGCCGCCACUCUUGCUGCGCUCGCCGAGGCCUUUCCAUCCUCGCCGCCCACUGAGGGCAAGGGAUCGAAGGACUUUGCCCUCGUUUUUGACCCGGACGUCGUAGCGUAGCCACC